UGCAACUCUCUUUCACUUUACAUAUUCAUCAUGUCUGGUCGUGGUAAAGGUGGCGCUGGCAAAGCCAAGGGCAAGUCAAAGACCCGUUCAACUCGUGCUGGACUUCAGUUCCCAGUCGGCAGAAUCCAUCGUCUGCUCCGCAAGGGUAACUACGCCGAACGUGUGGGAGCUGGUGCCCCAGUCUACUUGGCCGCCGUCAUGGAGUACUUGGCCGCUGAAGUCCUCGAGUUGGCUGGCAACGCCGCUCGUGACAACAAGAAGACCAGAAUUAUCCCAAGACAUCUCCAGCUGGCCAUCCGCAACGACGAAGAGUUGAACAAACUUUUGUCUGGAGUCACUAUUGCCCAGGGUGGUGUACUGCCCAACAUUCAGGCUGUGCUUUUGCCCAAGAAGACCGAAAAGAAAGCUUAAAGUUACAGGUGUUAUGCAUAUUUGCGACCGAAAAAGGCCCUUUUCAGGGCCACCAUAUUUGUCAAACGUUGAACAACCGUCGUACACUAUCAUUUCUUUGAAUUAAUAAUAAAUGAUCACUACGAUAACUUAAUAGUUGCUCAAAUACCAAAAUAUUUGAAAUUACCGGAAUGCCGGUCAAUUUAACAAAAUUGACGAUGAUUCAGACUUAAAUAUUGAUGGAUUUUUUUAUAGUUAAGGAAAAGCUAAAUGCCAUAUUUUUCAUGAUUUGUACGAAUGCACCUACUCGAAAAUCGAAAUUGAAUCUCACGGUCAACAACACUGCUUAAGUUUUGAUUCAGAAGUAAGUCCACAUUGUGUUAAUGGUUCGAGAAUCGAAUUGGAGAUCUUUAAAAAUUCUUACGGCUAAUUACGAAUUUACGAUUAAUAUUGAGUUAUAAUCGAUAAGAUGAAUGAUACGUAAUAUCAAACAUUGAAUGUAAAAAAUGCCUAGAGUGUAGUAAAAAAAGUUUUUUAUUCUUUUAGAAUUAAAAUUUACAAUUUUGU